AUGGCUACAAAUGUUGAAUACACUUGCUUUGUUCGUGGUCUUGAUCAGGACACCGAUGAAAAAGAUCUUACGGAUAUAUUUUCAAAGUUUGGCAACGUGAUCGAUUCUAAAAUCAUUUACGAUCGUGACACUGGAAAGUCAAGAAGAUUCGGAUUUGUUACUUUCGAGGAGGAAAAAUCUAUGACAGAUGCCAUUAUGAUUAUGGACGUGGAAGAGUCUCGAAGUAAAUGUGUUAAUGUUGGAUCCAUCACUGUGGAAGUAGCUAGGCAACGGCGCAAAAACAGGUCUGCUGAAUUUGCACUAGAGUUAGUUAGGUUGAUAAACGAAAAGCAGAAGAAGAUGGCUGGAUUAUAA